AUGAACAAGUUAUGGCGAUCUUCUUGUCUUCAAGUCUUGAUAUCUUUCUUGCUAAUGCAUCAGAAUCAGGCAAAGGAGAAAGAGAGAUUUGUGGAAAGGGUGGAUUGUAUCGCUGACAGCUUCACUGUGGUGCUAAACAAAUCCGAUCCAGAAGUAAUGAGAAUGAUUUCCAACCCGAAAGCUCAGCCAGUGGUGUACGUCUACGGCCAUAAGACUCGUCACCCUUGUGGAACUUCCAUGAAGGACGAGAAGGGACUCACAAACUACAAUUUAACAAUUCCAUAUGGAAGUGAAUGUGAUGUGACGCUCACGGACUUGCCAUUCCAUCGCUAUGCUGAAACUACUGUGGUACUGGAAGAUAACUCAGAUCUAUCGUUUGGAAAAACUACCAGGCUCAAUCAUGUCUUCUGUUUGUACACAAGGAGUGUCAAGACUAUUCGAUUCAGUGAUGUUUCCAAUGGUCAUGAGGUGAUGGUUUCAACCGGAGGAAAACCCAAACCAAAAGUUGAAAUGCUGUUCCGAUCCACAGACAGCGGGAAAACGUUACAAGCAGCUAGAGAAAACGAAUACGUGGAGUUCUUCAUAGCCUUGUCACCAGAUUCUGCUUAUCAUGGAAUCUCUCCAAAAGAAUGUACAUUCAGCGAUCGUGAAGAUAUCAGCGCGCCGGAUGCCAAAAAGAUCACAUUCGUUCAAGGAGGGUGUCCCGUGAACGGCAUGAACGACAUAAUUGACCCAUUGGCAAAUGUGAACGACCAAAUCUACUUCUCCAAGUUCCGCACUUUCCGCUUCGGCAACCAGAGCACCGUAUUCGUGCAUUGCCAGGUUCAAGUUUGUCUUCAAAAGGAAGAAUGCUCUAAGACAUGCUACAAAAAAGUGAGCGACUCAAAUCUCACCGCGGAACGACUACGAUUCCGACACAAGCGAAGCGUCACAGAUCUUCCGAUUAGACGAGCCAGGUCUACAACAUCAGACGACAAUGGAGCUGUGGACUUGACCAACUCGAUUACCGUAGUCAGUCAGACAGAAUCUGCGGAAUUAAUCUCCGCUCCAAGGGCAACGCCUCAACAAGUGUCAUCGGUGGUGUACCCGGCAAGUGAACAAAAAAGGGAGCCAUGUCCAAACUCGGAAAUUCUGGGAUUGAUUCAUAUGGCUAUCAUUGGAACUAUGGCCUCGUUAUUGUUGUUCGCCACCGCUACAGCGAUUUUCUUCGGGUGCAAAUUGAGGAAGUUAAGAAAGAAGGACUCAUUUGACAUGAUGUCCGCAUUCUCGAACCCGACUGUCAGCUUGCCACCUGUCACCUAUUCCCACUACCAACGAUCCGCUUACAACGCCACCGUCGACAGUCUCUACCGAUGA